AUGGAGAACUUGAAUAAUUACAAGGAUAUGAAUUCAUAUGCUGAAGGGACAUAUAUAAUGCCUAACAAGAUAGAAAAUGUGUAUUGCCGUAAUUUGGAUACUACUCCUAAUUUUGGUGACAAAUAUUAUGAUACAGAAUACGUGUAUCCUAAUAAUAUGACGAUGCCUGUAUGGAAUAAUUACAAUUUGAAUAUUCCUAAUUAUAAUAAUGCUGCACAAAUUUCGGAGGAAUUAAUCCCGAAUCAGCUUUAUUCAACAAUGGAUGAUCCUUCUGCAAGAAACACAAAUUAUGGAACAUUAAAUGUACGAUUAUGUAACAAGGACAGAAUGUUUUGUGCAAAUAAUGAAAGAGGUGAAAAUGUACAUGAGAACAAUAUAAUUAGGUAUCCACGAUUUGAUAUGAAUGCUGCUCCAAGGGUUAAUCGCAGAUCUGAUUUUUCUAGAAAUACUUGUCAUGCGAGAAGAAAUUUAAGAAGAAAUAUUAUGCAUGAAAGAUAUAAUAGGAUAAGAAGAGAAGCCCCAUUUAAUAUGGAUAUGUAUGGGAAAAAUCAGAAUAGGAAUUAUUCCUGUAAUUGUUUAUAUAUUUAUAGGAAUAUUUACAAAAAUAGAUAUGAUGUUGUUGAUAUGAAACAAGUACAUACCGAAUUAAUAUAUCUCAUUAUCAAAUAUUUAUACUAUGAAAGAAUAUUACCUGAAGCUAAUGAAAUAAAAAGAAAAAUUAAUAAAUAUUUUCCAGAUUGUCCUAUAUUGAAUAACAACUUCAUAAAUAUUUGUAGAGAAGAUAUACUAAAUAUAUUUGAUAUAUACAAAGCCAACUCACAGGAAAAGGAAGACAAAAAAUCAAAAAACUAUUACAAAAAAACAUAUAAUAAUGAAAAUAUAUGUAUAUAUCUUAGAGGAAUCUCCAGAGAUUAUUUCAUCAAUC